AUGCCAUCACUGCCGUACCCCCCAUACAACACCCUACAGCGGAGCGAUGGGAGGAACUGCUGGUGUGGCGACGAUGCCAUUGCUGCCUCGGCACCAGGAGCUGCAGCGGUGCCGGAUGUGGGCGGCGGCAGCUGCUUGGCGUGCAGCAAUGGAGCCACCCUGGUCGCCGUCCGGCUGAGCGACGUCUGGACUGCGCUGGUCAAGAGCCAGGCGCUGUGCAUCUUCCUCGUCGCCUACACGCUCUCCUACGCCAUGAGGCUGCUCAUCACGCAGGACCUCCUGCUGACAAAGACGUGCCUGUAUAACUUGGGCUUGGAGCCCUCGCUGUGCGCCAACUUCAGCAACUACUCGGACACGAAGAACGCCAUCGAACGGGUGGCCAACAACUACUCGCUCUUCAUCCUGCUCGUGCAGCUCACACCCGCCGCGCUCCUCUCCAUCUUCCUCGGGCCCUGGUGCGACAAGUAUGGGCACAAGCUGCCGAUCUUUCUGGCCACGCUGGGCGGCAUCCUGCAGGACCUGGGCACCAUCUACACCGUGGUGAACAUGCGCGCCCCCAUGUACCUGAACGUGCUGUGCAGCCUCCCCAACGGCUUCAGCGGGGGCCUCGUCUGCGUGCUCACCGCCGUGUGCAGCAACGCGUCGCUCAGCACCUCGGGCAGCAUGCGCACCCUCCAGUUCCUCAUCAUCCUCAUGUCGGCCAUGGUCGGGCUCGCCUUCGGACAGUUCAUGGCGGGCCAGAUUUUCCGCGCCGGGGGCUACCUGCCGGUGUUCAUCGUGUCAGCGAGCUUGCUCCUGGCGUCGCUCGCCUGGGUCGUCUUCAUGCUCAAGAACCCCACCGACGCCCAGAGGAACUCGUGGCAGGCCAUGCUCGGCGACCUGAUGCAGCCGCGCAACUUCGUGGACGGGCUGCUCGUGUGCGUCCGCCGGAGGCCCAACCGAGGCCGCGCCCAGAUCCUGCUGCUCAUGACCUCCAUGUGCACCAUUCUGUUCGUGUCGGAGGGCACGCGCGGCAUCAACUUCUUCUACGCCAAGAAGAUGUAUGACUGGGACGUGAGCAAGUACUCGGACAUCAACUCGGGCUUCCUCCUCUUCCGCAUGGUGAGCGUCUCGGUGUUCGUGGUGGGGGCCAACUUGGUGCUGCGACUCUCGGACUGCACCAUCGCCUUCAUCGGCGUCUGCUGCGGCAUGCUGCAGGGCAUCAGCACCGGGGUGGCAACCAAUGAAGUUCUGUUCUAUGUGAGCUAUGUUCUGGGAACCUUGGAGGCGUCGGCGCCCAUCGGCAUCAAGUCGCAUGCGUCUAAACUUCUGAACCGAGACGAAACUACCCAGGUGUUCUCGGUGUGGAUUGCCGUGGAGGCGCUGACGCCCAUCGUGGCCUCGGUGUUCGGCUCGCAGGUGUACAAUGCCUGCAUCAGCUUCUACCCGGGCCUUCCCUACUUCGUCUACGUGCUGUUCGAGAUCUACCCGCUCGCCUCGGUCGUGUACUGCUGGUUUGUGUACCGAGAGCCUAUGUGCGUCUGUUCAGCGCGGCCGCGCAAAGACACCGAGUCCAUGGCCGCUGUGGGAGAGGACUGGGACUGCGCGCCCAUGGGCGCCGCCUACUCCAGCGCCGCCGUCGACAAGUAGGGACGCACCGCUGCUGUCACAAGCCUUCCCACGGUUGAAGUGCCGCUCGAGGACAUUCGACUGCUUCUUUCAUCCUCUCUCACGUCCUGCACUGUGUCGUCGAAACACGAGCAUCGCGUAGAAGCAAGCAUUGGCCAGACGUGGCAGUGGACGCGGUGAUAGGACCUGUGUGUGCUUGCUCGUGCUUGCUCGUGCUUGCAUUUGCAUAGGUCUCAACCUUCGUCGCAUAAGCCUCGCAGAGUGCCUUGAAUCGAUUAGGUUAGAGUGGACACGCAGCAAUGGUGCCGGACAUCACGGUGAACCUUUCGAGGUUUUCAGAGACAGCGUGAAACGGUAUGCACGGUGGGAUCACUGUAACUCGUCCUUUGUCAUUUGUGGUCGUGAUGCGAGACACUGUGCUUUCAAGUGGCGCUGUUUACUCCGUACGCACUAGGAAUAGGGAUCUAGCAGCUUAUAAGAGUCGCACAGAAGAAGCAAUUCACCCGCUUGGGCCACUUCAAUGUUUAUUUUGUGCGCGCACCACACGCCACGCCGUGCCGGGUAAGGGCGUGUUCUGAUUUCAGUAUACGCAUGCUAAUUUUUGUAAUGACAUUUAGCACGUGAUGUUUUCACGGGACGGCGCCAAAAAUAACUCUUCAUUGUUGUGUCGACGUAUAGCCGAGAGCGAAAGAUCGUCUGCGCCAUUUGGCGGGCGUCCUGGUGGCCUCCAUUAAUUGACUGCAAAGUGAUACAUACUGUUUUCUUUCUCACAUGAUACAUCCGUUUAUCUCCGACAAAAAUGAUGGUUUGUGUACCUACGCGGAAACUCAUAGAAGACAGGCUAAAGGCUGUGUGUCCGACGAAUAUAUAUAAAAGCGUGCUC